AUGUCUGGCUUCUCUUCUUCAGUAAGGCCGAGCCGAGGCGGAUUCUCUCGUGGAGGAGGAGCUGGCAGAGGUAGGGGUGGAUUUGGUGGCGCGCGAGGUGGAGGUAGAGGAGGAUUUCACCAGUCUGCAGGCCCUCCCGACACCGUUCUCGAAAUGGGCUCUUUCGUUCACGCAGUCGAGGAUGAAAUGUUAUGCGCUUCAACAAUGCCCGACAAAGUCCCUUAUUUUAAUGCACCGAUUUACCUUCAGAACAAAUCUGAAAUCGGCAAGGUGGACGAAAUAUUAGGCCCAAUCAAUGAGGUCUAUUUCUCGAUCAAGAUGGGCCAAGGCAUGGUCGCGAGUAGCUUCAAGAAAGGCGAUAAAGUAUACAUUGGCGGAGACAAGCUCUUACCAAUAGAGCGAUUUUUACCAAAACCAAAAAUUCCCGAACGUGGACGUGGUGGAAGAGGAGCGCCUGGAGGCCGAGGUCGAGGAGCUGGUGCAGGUCGGGGAGGCUUCAACAGAGGCGGCGGUGGACGAGGUGGAAUGUCUCGCGGUGGAUUUGGAGGAGGACGUGGGGCCCCAAGAGGAGGAGGGUUCGGGCGGGGAAGAGGUGCUGGACGGGGCGGUUUUCGAGGUUCAUAUUAG